UCGGGCAAGUCUACCCUGACGGUUACAAACUGCAGUUCCACCUUAGCAAACAAUUUAAAAUGUUGUUUUGACGUAUUUGUUUUACACUAACCGCGACCUGGGCGCCAUAUAAAAUUUAUAUAUAUCUUUUAGAAACUGAAGGGGUUUUCCUCUUCGAGAUAAAUCCAUAUUUUAGCGUGAGAAACGCGCGUAAGCUUAGACAUGUCGUGUGAAGAAAGCUACUUGGCUAUCAUACGCUAUCUGACGGAUGAACGGGAGCCAUAUGCACCAGGAACGCCUGGUAAUACGAAGAGAAAAAUACGCAAAGCGGCUGCCUGCUACGUUGUCCGAAACGGAACUUUGUUUUACCAGCGUCGACUGAAGGGCCAGAAUGAUUUUACGGAGCUGGAGGUGGUGCUGCAGGACAGCCGGAGGAAGGAACUUAUCAACGAGGCGCACAUAAUAGUGGGAGGGGAGCACCUCAACCAGCAACUCACCUGGGAAAUAAUCUCUCAGAAAUACUGGUGGAGAGGUAUCUUGAAGAACGUGAAGGACCACAUCAGAGAGUGUGCUCACUGUCAGAGCAGGCGCGGCGCUGACGACGGCUCCGGGCCGCGGCCGUUCUCCCGACCGGGAAGACGCAGGGCCGCCGCCAACGAUGAAGAGGAGGAGGAAGAAGAGGAGGAAGAGGAAGGAGAUGACAGUUUAUUUGUCACAGAUUUGUCUUUCCAGCAGAGAUCAAAGGUUGCCAAAACACCCAAACAUGAAGUGGUCUUUGUUGACAGCAAGGGUGAGGUGAAUCAGUUCUUACCCAAACACAGCCAGACCAUGUUGGACAAACUCAACAAGCAGCGUCUCAGCAAUCAGUUCUGUGACAUCACGCUGCUGAUCGAAGGCGAGGAGUACCGAGCACAUAAAGCCGUCCUGGCGGCGUGCAGCGAAUACUUCAACGAGCUCUUCUUUGAGAAAGGAGCUGCGACCACACACGAAGCCGUGGUGGACCUCUCCGGUUUUGCAAAAGCCAGCUUCCUGCCGCUGCUGGACUUUGCGUACACCUCCACGCUGACGUUUAACUUCUGCAUCAUGGCGGACAUCGCCAACCUCGCCAGACACCUGCUAAUGACAGAAGUGCUACAGAUAUGCGAGUCUGUGCACAAGCAGGUGGAGGAACAGAAGCUGACAGUGUAUCAGAAAGGAGACGUGCACACGGUGGUGUCGAGCGAGAUGCCUUCUCAAGAGGCCUCAAAGAACCAGGCUGAGGCCUACAUGGUGACCAUACAGGGCGAUGGCAGGGCGGUGGUCACACACAGCGGCGUUGCUGUGUCGGGUGAGUCUUUGGCCUUUGUUGAAGCUCCUAAAGAAGCCUACAUCCAUCAGCCGGUGACGGUGGUUACUCAGACAGUAGAGGGAGAAGCACUGCAUGCUGGGGAGGCUGAACACGAUGAGACUGUGGCCUUGAUCGCUCAUAGCGGACAUGUGCAGCCCGGUGACACCGUCACCGUUAUCUCUGGCAGCGCUGAGGGGAUGGAGGGUGAGACGAUGACCGUGGUCACCCACAGCGGUCAGGCCGGAGCCAGCGAGUCCCUCGCCGUGGUGUCGGCCUGCUUGGCUAUGGAGCAGCCGCAAGUUGCUGAAGCGGGAGCUUUUGUCAUAAACGUGGACCCGGACCGAGUGAGCUCCUCAGAGGUGGCCGAGCUGGAAUCUGCUGCGCCACCGCCACCGCCGCAGGAGGAAAUCACGGAGGCUCAGAGCGAAGAACCAGCACCACCACCUCCAAAACGCAAACGGGGCCGCCCAGCCAAGGCGAAGAAGGAGGUGGAGGAGUUAAUCCCACUGGAGGAGGACCCCUCUGCAGACGAUGGCUACACUGACAAGCAGGAGCUGACAUCAGACGACCCGAGCAGAAGGCGCCUCCGGCAGCGCUCCAUGGCCGAGGGCGGCUACGCUCGUCUGCACAUGGGGCUGGAGGAUGAAGAGGAGGGGAAGAAAAGUUCCACUCCACCACGAGCUGCUACUCCUAAGGUGGGUCCAAGGCACGGGAAGAGGGGAAGACCACCCAAGCAGCCAGUAGAGACUCAGGUGGAGGAACAGCCUGAGUGUGAACCUGCAGCAGAAACAACUACUGUGGAGAGCCCGAUGACGGCCGAGGUCGGCACAGAGGAGGCUGAAACGAAGGAGCUGGAGCCAGAGACUGGAGCCAAGCAGCAUCAGGCCACAGCACAGAGUGCUGUAGACGGAGAACACACGUGUUCAGAGUGCGGCAUGUCCUUCCAAAGACGCUACUCUCUUAUCAUGCACACGCUAAAGCAUGAGAAAGCUCGCGGGUACAAGUGCAGUCUCUGCAGUAAGGAGUUCCAGUACGCCGCCUCCCUCCAGGCCCACCUGGCACGACACAAGCAGCAGAGUAGCCAACGAGCAGCCGCCACCAAAAUGCUGCCAGAAAACGGCUCAGAGGGCAGAGCAGGAGGCGACCUGGAUGAGAAGACGUCGGCAUCACACACCAUCAGAGAAUUUGUGUGUGACAUCUGUGGGAAGACGUUACCGAAGCUGUACUCGCUGAGGAUCCACAUGCUGAAUCACACCGGGGUGCGUCCUCACUCCUGCAAGGUGUGCGGCAAGACAUUCGCUCACAAACACAGCCUGAAGAUGCACCGAGCCCUGCACGAUGUCACCAAGCAGUUCCAGUGUGAGUUCUGCAAGAAGUCCUUUGUGAGCAAGAGGAGCAUGGAGGAGCACACCAGCCUCCACACAGGUGAAUCAAAGUACCUCUGCAACACAUGUGGAGCCACCUUCCAUCGAGCCUCGGCUCUGAGCAAACACCUGAAGAAGCACCAGCCCAGACCUGAAUUCCGUUCAUUCGCUUGUUCUCACUGUGAUAAGAGUUUUUACGAAGCGAAGGAUCUCCAGCAGCACAUGAACAAGCACAUGGGCCUGAAGCCUUUCCAGUGCCAGGUGUGUGGGAAGUGCUACAGCUGGAAGAAGGACUGGUACUCGCAUGUCAAGUCCCACAGUGUGGCCGAGCCCUUCAAGUGUAAUGUGUGUGGAAAGGAGUUCUUUGAGAAGGCUCUGUUCAGGAGGCACGUGAAGAAAGCCACACAUGGCAAGAAGGGGCGAGUGAAGCAGAACCUGGAGAGAGAGUGUGAGCAGUGUGGCAGGAAGUUCACACAGCUCCGAGAGUACAGACGUCACAUCAACAACCACCAGGGAGUGAAGCCGUUUGAAUGCCUGACGUGUGGCGUUGCCUGGGCCGACGCUCGCUCUCUCAAGCGUCACGUGCGCACCCACACAGGAGAGCGGCCGUACGUGUGCCCCAUGUGUCAGGAAGCCCACAUCGACGCACGCACGCUGCGCAAGCACAUGGCCAAAUACCACAUGGACAACCUGCCCGGAAAGAUCAUGCUGGAAAAGGACACGCUCCAGUUUCACAACCAGGGCACCCAGGUGGAGCACGCCGUCAGCAUCCUGGCGUCUGACCUGCCGCCGGAGCUCCGGCCGGCCCAGCAGCAGCCUUCAGAGGACAUAGAGACGGUGCUGAUCACCGAGGAGACGGUGGAGGCCGUGGAGGCUGUACAGGCUGUUCAGGCCGUUCAGGCCGGCACCGACGGAUCGGUGGCCACGCUGUCGGAUCAGGGAAUCAUGCAGGUGGUGAACUAUGUUCUGGCACAGCAGGCCCUCACAGGGACCAAGGGGGAGGAGGCUCCUGAGGUGAUUCAGACCAUGGAGGUGGAGGUGGCUCAUGUAACUGAGGUUGAGUGAUGUUGAGCUCAGCAUUCAUGAGACUGAUGGAUCUAAUAACCCUGAUCCUCCCGCUAUGUAAAAUAAUAAAAAAAUGUGUAAACUCUGUACAAAGCCGAAUGUAAAAGAUGCUUAUUUUUCUGGUGAAGUUCGGAUUCUUAAUGAACUUGCAGCACUAAACUAUGUGUUUGUGUUCUGUGUAAAUAUAUAAACAGGAGCAGGAUGGUGAAUUAUUGUAGUCUGUUUUCAGUUUGAUGCUCUGGAGAAACAAUAGUAGAAUAAAGUUUCUUGCUUUGG